GCCAGGAGGAGGAGCUGGAGGAGCACCGGGCCGGGGACGGGGAGGCAUCGGCGACCCUGGAGUCCCUCCGGCGGGCGCUGUCGGAGCGGGAGGCUCUCCUGGAGCAGAUGGGGGCCCAGGUCCUGUCCCUGCGCAGGGAGCUGGGGGACCAGGAGGCCUCGGCCAGGGCAUUGCGGCGCAGGGAGGAGGGCCUGCAAGGGGAGAACCUGGCCAUCAAGGAGGAGGCAUCGCGGCACAUCACGACAAUAGCGUCCCUCAAGUCGAGCAACCUGACGCUGAGCCAGGAGCUGGAGGAGUGCCGGGCGAGGCACGCGGACACCCUGGACUACGUCGAGCAGCUCGAGAGCGAACUGGAUGGCCAGAAGAGCUUUGCCGAGACCGAGAUGCUGAAGCUGAACCAGACCCUCGCCCAGCAGACGAAGCUGAUCGACUUCCUCCAGACCAAGGUGGCCGAGCUGGACAAGAAGAAAAAGAAGUUCUUUGGGGGCGGCCGGAGCGGCAAGGAGGGGACGCUGGCCCGCACGGACGCAGAGGGGGCCCUGGAGCGGGAGCGGUCCAAGUGCCGCCGCCUCCAGGACCAGCUGGACAGCGCCAGAGCAGAGGCCAUGCUUCUGCGCCAACAGCUGUCUACUGCAGCAGCAGCUGGGACGGACGCGCCCCACUCGGCCAAGCUGGUCUCCGUGCCGACGUCGCCCAGGAGCCGGGCGCUGCUCACGGCCCUCACCAUGUCACCCAGCACCAACAUGGACUCUCGCACAGGGGUGCCGUCCGAGGAAGGGGAGCCCGGCGGAGGGGCGCCCAAGGGCCCGCCCCUGCGCAUGCAGCACAACAUUCCCCACCGCUUCCAAGUGGUCCUGUGCAUGCGAGGCACCAAGUGUGCGGCCUGCCUCGAUUCCGUGCACUUCGGACGCUACGCUUCGCGCUGCGAAGAGUGCCAGGCAGUGUGCCACCCCAAGUGCUCGACGCUGGUGCCCAGCACGUGCGGCGUGCCGGCCGAGUAUGUGCGCCAGUUCUCGGACUCUGUGAGCUGCCAGCGGUCGUCGCCGCCGGCUCUGGGCCGCCACGUCCGGUUUGCCCCGGGCCUGUCGGAGGUGACCUUCGACCAGUUGCAGCCCCAGGGAUGGGUCAAGCUGCCCAGGGGCGGGGGCAAGCCCGGCUGGGACCGCUGCUUCCUGGCCCUGCGGGGGGACACCCUGUACGUGCUGGGCCAGGCGGUGGACGGGGGGACGGACGAGGGCACGCUGGCCUCCCUGUGCCGGGACCGGCUGUGCCUCAAUCCCCCUGACGGGGAGGCCCUGGUGAGCAGCGCCGUGUCGGCCUCCGAGCUGCUGGGCACGGCCAAGACGGACCUGCCUUACACCUUCAAGCUGGAGCUCAGGCCCACAAGCACCUGCUGGCCCUCCAGGUGCCUGUACAUUAUGGUACCCACCUUUGAGGAGAAGCAGAUGUGGGUCUCGGUGCUCGAAGAGUGCGUCGGGAAGAACCUGGAUGCUGCCUGUAAGAACACUCUGGGUGACACUGUGCUCUUGCUUGAGGGAGACCAAGUGCUGGACGUCAACUGCACAUACGAGCUGUCGUUCGAGUACCUGUUGCUGGGAGCCAUGGAGGGUCUGUUUGUGGUGGACCUCGUGGGCUGCAGUGUGCGACGCAAGGUGGCCGAUGUUCCCGCCGUCUUCCAGAUUGGCCUGGCACGUCGCUUGGGUGUCGUCCUUGCCAUCUUAGGGGAGGAGCGCAAGCUUAAGCUGGCGCAGUGGGACUCUCUGCGGCCGUGGGUGGAGUCGACGCCCGGCAUAGAAGUGUCCCCGGCGCCCUCGUGGCGCCUGGUGGAAGACAUCGGGGAGUGCCACCUGUUCGCCCUUUCGGAGGACGGGGCCACCCUGUGCGUGGCCACCGCAAAGACCGUCCACCUGAUGCACUUCAACCCGGCCAGCGGAAACUACAGCCGCCGCAAGUUGGUGAACACGAGCGAGCCCUGCAGCUGCAUCCACUUCACUCCGUUCACCAUCCUGAUCGGCACCGACACUUUCUACGAGAUUGACGCCAAGGACUACAGCAUAGAGCCGUUCCUGGACCCCACGGACACCUCCCUGUCCUUCCUCAUGUACGGCGCCACCCAGCUUCGCAGCUUCCCUGUGGCCAUCCUGCAGCUGGCACCUCCGGAGUACAACCCCGAAUACCUGCUCUGCUUCCACGAGCUGGGCGUAUUUGUGGACCAGGACGGAAGGCGAACACGUGAGGACGACCUCAAGUGGAAGCGCCUGCCCCUGGCCUUCGCGUACAAGGCACCCCACCUCUUCAUUGGGCACUUCAAUGCCGUCGAGAUUCUGGAGAUCAAGCCACGAGGGAGCAAGGACAGCGGGCUUCACCGGACGGUGCUUGUGAGUCAGCCACGCUUCCUGGGGCUGUCCCACCUGGGCUCCAUGUACCUGGCCUCCUUCGGGCCGAGACAGGUGCGGCUGCUCUCCGUCAAUGCGGCCUGCGAGUCCGCUCUGCCCAGCACCAAAGCCAGUCUGGAGAAUGGGGCCGAGGAAUGCAACGAGGAGCUGGAGUUCUCCUUCACCUCGUCUGUUGUCGAGAUGCUGGACGACUGAGGGCCCCUCCCAACCUGCCCCCCCAAUAUUUAUGAAAGGACACCUGCCAUGUUUUGUACUUAUUUUAAAGUUUUAUUGUAUCAUUCUUAUUAAAUGUGAAAAAACUUG